AUGUCAUACGACUCUUAUAGAGGCUCUGCUGGAGGAAGGGGAGGCGAUUCCAAUAGAGGUAGUGGCUAUCGCGAUGACUACCACAGCUCGAGUAAUUCUUAUCGAGGCGGCUAUAGAGGUCGAGGUGGUGGCAGAGGAGGAAGAGGACUACCGUAUCGUGGUGGUCGUGGAAGCUAUAAUGGAGGCUACAACUCGCAGUACUAUGGCAGUCCCCAUAGAGGUCGUGGCGGAGGACAUUACAAUAAAUUUAACAGUUUCAGCGGACAUGACGAUAGAAGCAGAGGCAGUUCAUAUUCUGAGAAUGAAGAACGAGAAGAGGGGCAAUCUCCUCAAUCUAUGGAAAAUAGACAAGGAAGUGUCGAGUAUGAUGAAGAUGAUGGUGGUGGACUCCUAGGGCCAGAUGCAUCUUAUGGACGUGGUGGUCGUCGAGGGGGUCGUGGGGGUGGUCGUGGUGGUGAUGUUUACAGAGGGGGAUCUUUCCGAGGUAGUGGCUACAAAAGUCGAAACGGAAGCAUACAUCAUCUGGGUGAGUUUUACAGGUCUGGCGGUGUAGUGGAUAAAAGCUCUCGUCAUUACAAGGACUUCCUACAUGAUACAAAAUUAAAAGAGUUUCAAAACCCGUGGAUAAACAUCAUGGGAAUAACAGAUGAAGCACAACAAGCAAGUUUAGAGGCUAACUACAAUGAGCAAACCGCUACUGAUGAAACUAUUCGGGAACUACAAAGGAAAAAGAUGAAAUUGGAAAUGGCAAUCUCGAGUUUGGAGAAACAUGCGGCUAGAGAAGAAUUGCACGUGCAGCUAACAACAGAGAAAUUGGACGAAUUUGUGUAUAUGUAA